AUGGUGAUCCUGCCCUGGGAAAACCAAACAGCAAUAGUGGAAUUUGUUCUUAGAGGAUUUUCUUUGACUCAACAGUUAAAUAUUUUUCUCUUUAUGAUGUUUUUCAUUUUCUACAUCUUAAUCGUUUCUGGAAACACCCUCAUUGUCUUGCUAGUUUUGUUCAGUCAUAAUCUUCAUACCCCUAUGUACUUCUUUCUGGUGAACUUGUCCUUUCUGGAGAUCUGGUAUACCUCCAACAUUGUCCCCAAGAUGUUACUGAUUAUCAUAGCUGACCAGAAGACUAUCUCUGUGGCUGGAUGCCUGGCACAGUUCUACUUCUUUGGAUCCCUGGCUUCAACAGAGUGUCUCUUGCUUGCUGUGAUGUCCUAUGACCGCUACCUGGCCAUCUGUCAGCCUCUACGCUAUCCCAUCCUCAUGACUGGUCCCCUCUGCAUUCGGCUGGCUGCCAGCUCUUGGCUCUGCUGCUUCCUCCUGACAGCAAUCACUAUGGUCCUACUGUCUAGACUAACCUUCUGUGGACCCAAUGAAAUCGAUCACUUCUUUUGUGACUUUACUCCUCUGGUUCAUCUCUCUUGCAUGGACACCUCACUGACUGAGACCAUUGCUUAUGCCACCUCUUCUGCAGUGACUCUGGUCCCAUUUCUCCUCAUCACAGCUUCUUACACCUGCAUUCUUGCUGCUAUCCUGAGAAUCCCAUCUGGCACAGGCCGGCAAAAGGCCUUCUCCACCUGCUCCUCCCACCUCACCAUAGUCACAGUGUUUUAUGGGACACUGAUUGCCACAUACCUUGUGCCCUCAUCCAAUUCAUCCCAACUUUUGCGCAAAGGGUCCUCUCUGCUCUACACCAUCCUGACGCCCAUCUUCAACCCCAUCAUCUACAGCCUGAGAAACAGAGACAUUCAUGAAGCCCUGAAAAACUGCUUAAGUAAGAAGCCAGGUUCCCUCAGGUGA